AUGAUGCAUUUUAGAAAGAAAUCCGGUGUAAGUAAUAAAUCCAACUCCGACGAUCCCAACCAUAUAGCCAAAGUGGAAGUCUCUAAAGAAGAUGCUCAAAGAUUAAAAGUCCGUACAGCCUCAGUGAACGAUCCAAUCUUAGACGCCGUCAAUGAAGCGCAACCUUUCGAACAAGCUGCUGAUGCAUUCCAUGACAAUAUGAAUAGACAAUCAUAUUUCUCCACAGAUGGUGGCAAUGUCUUGCGUGAUGUAUUUGGCCAACCUAUUCAAAACGCUGAUAUUUCUAAUCCAACUAGAGCUAGAGAUGAAAGACCAUUGGAUACCAUCAGAAGUUUCGAAUAUGCUGUCUCAGGGGACCCUGUUUGGGCUCAACAAUUAGAAACUCCUCAAUAUGGAUUUAGAGUGAGACCUGAUUUCCCAUCAUUUGGAGAUAGUAAUCCUUAUGAUGCUAAUGGGAUGCCUGUGCAGGCUAAUCAAAUGUACGGUGAACAAGGAGUUUAUCAAGCUCCUGUUCGUCAACAAACUGACGAAAAGAAAAAGAAGAAGAGAGGCUUCUUUGGUAGAAAGAAGAAGAAGAAUUCUGAUUAG